AAUAACCCAAUUAAAUUAAGCCCUUUUCACUCCCAAAAGAAGAAGGAAUAAAAAUCAUCUAGCUAGAGAAAGCUUCUGGGUUUUUCUUCUUUUAGUUUUUCUUUUUAUUACUUUAAAUUAUAAUAUUUUGUUGAACAAUGUCUGGUUAUGGCGGUGGAAGCAACAAGGGUCCAGUGAAGGUUGUGAUUAUAAACACGCAAUAUGUGGAAACUGAUGCUACAAGCUUCAAAUCUGUGGUUCAGAAGCUAACUGGUAAAGACUCUUCUGAUGAUUAUGGGAAACCUCGUCAUGAUAAGCUGAGAGAUCACCAUCAUCAUCAUCAAAGGAAGAAUUAUUACAAUAAUAAUAAUAAUAAUAAUCAUGUUCAUGUGCCUGAUUCUUCUUCAUCAGCAGGUAACAAUAAUAAUAAUGGUUUUGUAAACCAGUUUUUGAUUAGAGAUAUGUCGUUUAAGGAGUUUGAUAGGUUGUUUAGUCAGAUGCCACCCAUAAACGACAUUUUGUCCGAGUAAAUAACAUCUAUUUUACAAUGAUUAUUAUUUAUUAAUUCGUGUUUGAGUUCUUUCUGCUGAGAACUUUUGUGUAGUAUAUUAUGAUUUGUAAGUAAUUUUAUAAAUGUAUGUUCAUUAAUUGAACUUAGACA